CUGGUUUCCAGUGGAUAGAUAGAUCUCCAGUACAGUACACUAAUUGGAGAAAAGGGGAACCAUCAACUCGGGGUUGGUCAGGAAACUUAGAGAAUUGUGCUGAAGUAUUUUUGUCUGAUGGAAAAUGGAAUGACGAGGACUGUAACAGUAAACGACUGUUUGUCUGCGAAAAAUCACCAGCUGUUGAUAUCAGCAAGAUUCAGAUUGGUACAGGAGGAGCACCCAUCAAUGUUCCCACUCCAAUACCUUUCACCCGCCCUUCCAUAUUGCCAAUACAGAGAACCCCUUCACCACCAACAAACAGCAUAUCACAGAAAACCCCACCAACAGACAAACCGCAAAUAACACAGAAAUCCCAGCCAACAGCAAUUAUACCUCAUGUAACAGUGACAGAGAAAACAUUAGUUGUGGUGUCUGAUAAUGCAAAACCAGUGACAGGAGCUCUGCCAUCUAUCUCUAUAAGACCAUACACUGGAGGAAGCACUCAGAAUCCAUUGCAGCAAUCUGCUGAUCAAGAAUCUACAUCUACAAAAGGUCUAGGUAUGUCUUCUGGAGCACUUGCUGGAAUCAUCUUGGCAUCUGUUGUUAUCAUUUUACUUGUUGUCCUGAUAGCCAUGUAUUGGCGGCGAAACACUAGAGCAGGAAAACAGACAAACUUUGGACUUGGCAAUGGAGGAUUUGAGAACCAGAUUUACAGAUAUGAUUCUCAGUCAGAACAAGUUACUGAAACAAAAGGUGGUUUAAAUUUACGUACAAUGAGUGAAUCCAGUAGCUAGAUAAAAUACCAUACAUAUCGUUGCAUGUGCAGUUACUUGAUACUACGUGUAAAAAAAAAAAAUCAUUAGAAAUUGACAGUAAUGAAAUUAAGAUUUUAGGUAUGCCUGAAAGUGUUUUAAUUUAAACAUGAAAUUGUAACCUGCUUUAGUAAUUUAUGUCUGAAGUUUUUUCUUCCUGGUUCAUUUGAAUUCAUCUGUAAACAUUGCACUCACAUGACUACAGCUUCUUGCAAUGCAUAAGAUUAAAUGGCUCAUAAAACAUAUUUUAAAAAUAUAACUGACAUCAUAUAUACAUUGCAAUGAAUUUAAGGCAAUGAACAUGCUAGUGCAAGGAAUAUAGUGCAAUGAAUAUACUAGUACAAGGAAUAUAGUGCAAUAAAUACAGUGCAAUGAAUAUAGUGCAUUGAAUAUACUAGUAAAAAAUAUAGUGCAAUAAUAUACUAGUGCAUUGAAUGUAAUGCAGUGGAUAUAGUGAAAAUGAAAAGAUAUUGAUGGGACAAUGAAAAAUUGUGCUGUUGUGAUUGAAAGACAAACUUAAUUCUGUAUGGGGAAUAAUGUACAGUAAAUAAGUAAAUAUGUUAAUAAUAACAAAGUCUUUCUUAUUGUAAAUGUCCAAAGUUUUCUUUUUUAUGCCUCCCUAUUAUUUGUCAAGGCUGGAAAUAAUAUGGGUCCAAAGGUUGGUCAUAUGAAGGAUACAGGACCUUUAUGACUUUAAUGUUUUUAUACGCCGGAAGGGACGUAUUAUGUUAUGGUCCCGGUGUCCGUCCGUAAGCAAUUUCGUGUCCGCUCUGUAACUCUUGAACCCCUUGAAGGAUUUCAAAGAAACUUGACACAAUUUAUUUAUUAUUGGCCGUAGGGAAAAACCGAGAUUUCUUUACUGUGGUACAACAUGGAUAGUACAUCAAAUUUUUAGAUGUAUUUUGACAACUUUACCUGGUAAGAAUUUUUUGUGGACUUAGAACUUUUUUUUGGAAUUUCUUCUUUUUAGCUCACCUAAGCACGAAGUGCUCAAAGGUUAGCUUUUGUGAUCGCCCUGUGUCCGUCAUCAGUCAUCCGUCCUUCCGUUCAUCCGUUGUCAGUUGUCCGUUGUCAACAAUUUGACUGUUAACACUCCAGAGGUCACAGUUUUAGCCCAAUCUUUAUGAAACUUGGUCAGCAUGUUACUCUUAAUAAAAUCUUGGAUGAUUUCAAUAUCGGGUCAUCUGGGGUGAAAAACUAGGUCACCAGGUCAGAUCAAAGGAAAAGCUUGUUAACACUCUAGAGGUCACAAUUUUGGCCCAAUCAUAAUGAAACUUGGUCAGAAUGUUGCCCUCAGUAAAAUCUUGGACGAGUUUGAUAUUGGGUCAUCUGGGGUCAAAAACUAGGUCACCAGGUCAAAUCAAUGGAAAAGCUCGUUAACACUCUAGAGGUCACUGUUUUGGCCCAAUCUUAAUGAAACUUAGUCAGAAUGUUACUCUCAAUUAAAUCUUGGACGAAUUUGAUAUUGGGUCAUCUGGGGUCAAAAACUAAGACACAAGGUCAAAUCAAAGGAAAAGCUUGUUAACACUCUAGAGGUCACAGUUUUGGCCCAAUCUUAAUGAAACUUAGUCGGAAUGUUACCCUCAAUAAAAUCUUGGAUGAGUUUGAUAUUUGGUCAUCUGGGAUCAAAAACUAGGUCACCAGGUCAGAUCAAAGGAAAAGCUUGUCAACACUGUAGAGGCUACAUUUAUGACUGUAUCUUCAUGAAAUUUGGUCAGAAUGUUAAUCUUGAUGAUCUAAAGGUCCAAUUUCAACCUGGGACAUGUAGGAUCAAAAAACUAGGUCACCAGGUCAAAUCUAACGAAAAGCUAGUUAACACUGUAGAGGCCACAUUUAUGACCAUAUCUUAAUGAAACUUGGUCAAAAUGUUAUCUUGAUGAUCUAUAGGUCAAGUUCAGAUCUGGGUCAGGUGGGGUCAAAAUCUAGGUCACUAGGUGAAAUCAAAGGAAAAGCUUGUUAACACUCUAGAGGCCACAUUUAUGACUGUAUCUUCAUGAAACUUAGUCAGAAUGAUAAUCUUGAUGAUCUUUAGGUCAAGUAUGAAUCUGGGUCAAAAACUAGGUCACCGGGUCAAAUCGGAGGAAAAGCUAGUUAACACUUUAGAGACCACAUUUAGGACCAUAUCUUAAUGAAACCUGGUCAGAAUGUUAAUCUUGAUGAUCUUUAGGUCAAUAGGUCAGGUGAGCGAUACUGGGUCUUCAAGGCCCUCUUGUUUGUUGUUCCUGUCCUUCGGGCUUCAACAGUCAAGUUCUUUAAAUUUUGCUCCCAUCCCCUUAGGGCGUAUAUUGCCCCGCUUGGCGGUGCUCUUGUUUUAGAUAUCUUUGAACAAGUUAUCACUAUAAAUUAUAUAGACAAAUUAAGGUUUGUAUUUUUCCAUUUGCAAAAUUCUGGCCAGAAUGAUACUUUUUUUUUGUGAAAUGCUUAGUUUUUCAAAUUUUACAUAUGUUAAAUCUUGAUGCUAACUUCGACGUCCUUAGAAUUUAAUAAAAAUCAACCAGUACUCAAAUUAAAAUUUCAAACUGACAUUUUCUUUCUAUAAUGUCUGAAUUUGAUUAAGAAAAUGCUUUUUAAAAACUAUUUAAAUUAGGUUCAAAACUAAUUAAGAUCUUUUUUGUAAGUUUUAUAGGUCCUACUAUCCCCUGUAAUGUUUUUUAAGAAUGAUGAUAUAUAGCAUAAUGGUAUAUUAUCUCAUAUGUCAAGGGAAUUCAAGGUAAAUAGGUGGAUCAAACAUGAGAAAAAGUUUUGACAUUAAUAGGGUUUGUGUAAUUUUAGCAAAGAAAAGUUGUUUAUUUUUAGCUCAUAUGAUUUUUUGAAAAAAAAUGAUGAGUUAUUGUCAUCACUUGAGCGGUUGUCGGCGUCGGCGUCGGUGUCGGCGUCGGCGUCGGCGUCUGCGUCGGCGUUGCCUGGUUAAGUUUUAUGUUUAGGUCAGCUUUUCUCCUAAACUAUCAAAGCUAUUGCUUUGAAACUUGGAAUACUUGUUCACCAUCAUAAGCUGACCCUGUAUAGCAAGAAACAUAACUCCAUCUUGCUUUUUGCAAGAUUUAUGGCCCCUUUUGUACUUAGAAUAUAUCAGAUUUCCUGGUUAAGUUUUAUGUUUAGGUCAACUUUUCUCCCAAACUGUCAAAGCUAUUGCUUUGAAACUUGGAAUACUUGUUAACCAUCAUAAGCUGACCCUGUACAGCAAGAAACAUAACUCCAUCUUGCUUUUUGCAAGAUUUAUUGCCCCUUUUGGACUUAGAAAAUCAGUUUUCUUGGUUAAGUUUUAUGUUUAAGUCAGCUUUUAUCCUAAACUAUCAAAGCUAUUGCUUUAAAACUUGCAACACUUGUUCACCAUCAUAAGUUGACCCUGUACAGCAAGAAACAUAACUCCAUCCUGCUUUUUGCAAGAUUUAUGGCCCCUUUUGGACUUUGAAAAUAUCAGAUUUCUUGGUUAAGUUUUAUGUUUAGGUCAACUUUUUCUCUUAAACUAUCAAAGCUAUUGCUUUGAAACUUGCAACACUUGUUCACCAUCAUAAGCUGACCCUGUACAGCAAGCAGCGUAACUCCAUCCUGAUUUUUGCAAUAAUUAUUGCCCCUUUUGGACUUAGAAAAUCAUUUUCUUGGUUGAGUAUUAUGUUUAAGUCAACUUUUCUCAUAAACUAUCAAAGCUAUUGCUUUAAAACUUGCAACAGUUUUUCACCAUCAUAAGUGGACACUGUACAUCAAGAAACAUAACUCUAUCCUGCUUUUUGCAAGAAUGAUGGCCCUUUUUAGACUUAGAAAAUCAUGGGUAGGACAAUAUUUCUAUUACACAAAAAAAAUCAGAUGAGCGUCAACACCCGCAAGGCGGUGCUCUUGUUAGUCUGUAUUAUU